CACUGCCUGUUGGUUUGGGAUAAGUGGGUGAACGGGCCGCGGGGCGUAGCGGUAGUUCUAGAGAAGCGUUUAUUACUGUAAAAGCUUUUGAAAUGGACUGAAACGAAAAUAAACAAAUAUGAAUUCACCACCCGAGUUGAGUUGGAGCAACAGAACUUGUCCUCCUGGUCCAUAUAUGAACGGUUGUCAAGAAUAUGGUGUGAUUUCAUUGGCUUUCAUCAGCGUCUCUGCGUGAUCCCAUUGAAUAUAGAUCUGAUGGUUGGACAUCAGAGCUGCAGGUGUGAGUAAGACGAAUGUCUGCAAUCGGACACGGUGUCAGAUCAAAGCAGAUGUGAUUGUGAGGACGUUGACAGUGGUGAUUUUCGAGAGAUAUGGCAGAGCAUGCGGAACUGCUAGCAGAUAUGGCAACCAUUGGCCGUCUGUCGGCCACUGAACGUCUGAAGCACGCACAGAAGAGACGGGCGCAGCAGCUGAAAGGUUGGGCUCAGAUGGAGAAGGACAACCCUCGUGCUAAUAAAGCUGACCAAAAGGCAGACAGACUGAAAAAGAGCAGGAAGGUGACUUUUCCCACCAACAUCACCUUACUGGAGGCUGCAGCCAGGAAUGACCUUGAGGAGGUACGACAGUUGCUGAAUAACGGCGUGAGUCCAGAUCUGUUCAACGAAGAUGGACUCUCAGCGCUACAUCAGUGUUGUAUAGAUGAUUUUGUGGAUAUGGCACGCUGUCUUCUGGACAUGGGCGCGAGUGUGAACGUGUGCGACAGUGAGCUGUGGACUCCUCUACACGCGGCAGCCACCUGCGGACACACAGAUCUCGUACAGUUACUGCUAGAGGCAGGUGCAGAUCUGCUAGCCGUGAACGCUGACGGAAACAUGCCGUACGAUCUGUGUGAGGACGAAGCCACGCUGGAGGUCAUAGAGAUGAUGAUGGCAGAACAGGGUGUCACUCAAGAGCGAAUUGAUGAAUGUCGCAGAGCUAAAGAGAGAGAGAUGCUGUGUGACCUGCGAGAGCUUCUGGCGAAUGGAGCUGAUCUGAACGUGAAGGACCAGCAGGGGGCAACACUGCUGCAUAUAGCCGCUGCUAAUGGAUACGUGUCAGUGGGGGAGUUGUUGCUAGAAAACAAAGUGUCGCCUGAUGACAGGGAUGCUGAUGGGUGGACGGCGCUCCACGCUGCUGCCUGCUGGGGACAUAUGCAGAUGGUGGAAAUGCUGGUGGCUCAUGGUGCGAGUUUAAACGCAAAGUCUGAGUUGGAUGAAACGCCACUGGAUGUUUGUGCUGAUGAGGAGGUUCGGGCUAAAAUGAUCGAGCUGAAACACAAACAUGACGCCAUCAUGAAGGGUCAGGACAAACACAAGAACGCACUGCAGAGACUAGUGUCCAGCACAGGCAGCAGAGGUAAAGUUGUGCGGCGCACCAGCGUGAAUGAGCGCAGCAGUCUGUACCGUAGAGAACAUCAGAAAGAGGCCAUAGUGUGGCAGGAGAGAGGACGACAGACAGAUGUGCUGGAUGAUGAUGAAGAUGGACAGACGGAUGCUGAACUCAACCCGCAUGCUGCACUGGUGUUGAGCUCUAAUGCCCCCCCCAUUCCUCCAUCAGAGGACAGUGUGGUGGAGAUGGCGGCUCAGGACACAGCAUUAGGGAACGGCAGCACAGCGGCAUUGUCUUCUCUUCCAGGAGAGCCCCAGGGCGGAGGGCGCAUGGAUAGGAGCGCCUCAUACCAGCUCACUGCGGCCUCGGGUAUCUCUAGUGGAGAUAACAUGAGCCGAGAGAGAUCUCACCAUACGCUAGCCGAUCUCAAACGACAGAGAGCAGCGGCUAAACUGCAGAAGCACCCGGCGCCUCCUAUACCUCUGACCACAGAGCCUCGGGACAAGCUUUUGGCCGAAGAGCCCGUCACAGUAGGGCUCCAGGACCCGCUAGAGGCUCCUUCAUCAGUACAGCAAGAUGUGAUCCCUAGUGCAGUGUACUUCACUCCAGCUAGUGGAGAUCCACCUCUGCUGAAGUUAAGAGCACCAGAAGAAGACACGAGCAACACAAAAGUGCCCUGCUGUGGACUCAUGUAGAAGCAGUCAAUGAACCCACAUCUUCAGAAGACCAUCCGUUCUGAUCUGAACUCUCUAAGCAAACGCACAAUAUAAGGCAGGUACAUGGAAUUGAGUAUACAGUGGUCCCAUAAGUAUUUGGACACUUAAGUCACACUUUAAAAAUGUCUGAAUGUCAUUCGAUAACAAAAUGUCAAAGCAAGAAAUAUAAACAAAAGCACCUUUCCAGCAAAUAAAUUCACAAAAAGAAGUUUGUUUGGUUUGAAAUGAAAAAACAAUAGAUAUAGUGUUGAAAAUUAAGACACUUUGUAGUUGUCAAACAUUAGUGGAACACGUCCAGAGUUAAUGUGCUGAACUACACCUGUUGUUACUCUGCUAGGGCACCUAUGUGAACUUGAGGGGAACUGACUACAUACAUUACCUUGACACCAGCUGCGUAAAAGUCGUGGCAAAAAUGGCUCCAAAAAGUAAAGUUAGUUCUGAGAAAAGCUUGAGCAGCAUUUUAAAAAAAAAGACUUACUUUCUUCUGCAGAACACAAAGAUUUUUAGAAGAAUAUCUCAGCUCUGUAGGUCCUUACAAUGCAA